GUGCGUGUGUGUGUGCGUGUGCGUGUGUGUAUGUCUCUAUGUGUAUGAUAUUUUAACCCCGCGGUCGUACUUGUAAACAAUCGACGUGACGACUGUCAAUCUGUCACCCCGCAAGAAGACCUAAAAACAAUGGCAUCAUACUUUGAUGAACACAACUGCCAGCCGCUGCGACAAGGGGAAACCCCAGACCACUUUCUCCACAUGGCUCGACUCCUACUCCAUGGAGGUUACUGGCAGAAUCUGCAGUUGGAAUUCUCACAGAUUGUUGGUUUUGGAGAUAAGCCCCCACCUCCUGCAUCCAAAGAAUUUGUUGAGAGCCUUGAGACAAUUAUCGUGAAGAAGAAUGGUGGCCAGUGCCCAGUGUGCCUCAAAGAAUGGUCUGAAGGGGAUGAGCAGAAGCAGCUGCCUUGUCAACACAAAUUCCAUCCCACCUGUAUCUUACCAUGGCUGGAGAAAACCAAUUCAUGUCCAAUGUGCCGUCAUGAGGUUCCUACAGAUGAUGAGGACUAUGAGGAAUACCGAAGGCAGAAGAAGAGAGCCAGGGACAGGGAGGCAGAACUAGAAAUACUUCAUGACUCAAUGUUUUCUUGAAGUGUUUUAUGAAUAAAUGUAAAAAGAUUU